GUCGGGCGCGUCCCUUCAGAACACGAGGCUUGACAUGGCAGCGAGACCCGCGGCCGGCACGUCGUCCGCCCCGCAGCCGCAGAAGCAGCCGCAGCAGCGCAAGAGGCGGCGGCGGCGGAGGGCGGGGCGGCCGUACCGGCGGAGGCGGCGCAAGGAGCCGCGCAUCAACCAGCUGAUCAAGCAGGCGCUGUCGGCUCGCAAGCAGCGCGGUGGCUUGUCGCUGGCCUCGCUGCGGGAGGCGCUGCUGGCCAACGGCUACGACGUGGAGAAGAACCGCACGCACAUGCGGAUGGCCGUGCGGGGGCUGGUGCGGGACGGCUCGCAGCAGCAGCAGCAGCAGCCCCGGGGCCGGAGGACGGGCGCGGCGGCCACCACCGGCUGCCUCCGCCUCGGCCGCAAGCAGAAGGCCGAGAAGAAGCAGCAGCAGCAGGGGCGCAGGAGCCCGGCCCGAAGCCGCCCCCGUGCACCGCCCAAGAAGGAGCCCACCAGCAGGAAGAGAGGCCGCUCCAAGAGCCCGGCGGCCAGCGGGAAGCGGGGCAGAGCCGCCCCCAGGAAGACCAGGACCAGGUCCGCAAGAUCGGGGAAAUAGU